AGACCUGCUGUAACCACAACCUCCACAAAUGGGGCUACAAACCCUCAUCAAACUGUGACUGGUGCGCCAGACCAAACAACUGCGCACAUAGUGGAGGAAUGCCCCAAGAGACGUUUUCGGGGGGGCAUGAAACAUCUGCACGCAAUAACUACGGAUGCCAGGGAUUGGCUGUCAAACCUAGAUAUUAAGCUACAGAUGUACAUAUAAUGUUAACCUCUGUAAAUUUUAUUUCAAUAAAGCCAUACGAUAAUAAUAAUAAUAACCUGCAGACCUACACUACAAUGUUACAAAUCAGGUAAUCACAUGUACGAGUACAUGCGGCGUAAGGUCGGAAAGGCUGCUCCGGUAUUUCUACAUUAUUCAAGUCCAAAAGACGGAAAUUGGGGAGGAACCGUUUCUCGCCAAAUUUCAAAGCGGUUACAAGGCUCCUCCUUCUCACGCCAUUGGCGUCGGGCCGCUCAAACCCACCAAUAGCACUCCGUCUUGCCCCACCGACCGCAAGACCAAGAUUUGGUUUUCCUUGUGAAAACUUAACGAUUUUCGUCAUUAUUUUAUACCUAUUACAUGAAGGUUUUUUAACCUAUUAAAAGUUUUUUGUUAAAGUUUUUUUUUCUAAGUAGGUCAUGGUAUGAUUUGUUUUCAGGUUUCAGUGUGGCGUUGGUGUGCCGUGAUUUGGCGGUAGUGAGUGUAGCGCAACCUAAGCCAGUCCGUCGGUCGCCCAUCGCUCGCACACUCGUUCGGAGCGCAACACACUGCGUCCGCCCGCCCAGUUGACGCGAUUUUCUUAAAACUUAUAAUAAAUUUAAAAAAAAAAGCUGUUUUCGUGUGGACUGUUUUUUUUCUGUGACGUAACAAGGAUGCCCGCUAUGCAAAGCUUCAUGGACUUUUGAGCUGAAUUGGAAAGCCUAAAUUUAUAAAAAGUGGUGGCCCGCACGACGGAUGAGGACGAGCUGCACGACGGCAGCGGCGAUGUCGCGCUGACCGGCUACCCCUUCGUCAUGAACGACCUUUAUGUCGACGCGCGCAGAAUGCAACUCUACUCCCACCCGCAUAUGCACACGACGGAGCUGACGGUGCAGACCGUGUCGUCGCAUGAGCUGCUGAAGCCCAAAGACGAGCCGUCUUACACCCUGGCGCCAAGCUCCACACUUUGCUCGGUGGAACUCCAUCAUCCAGGUUCUUCCCCGUACGAAAAUCGGCUAUGUCUUCAAGACAACAAUGGCCCGGACACAUCGAAUUCUCAAAGCGUGAAGGGUGACGAGCAGCUGUCCAGAGUUUACCAAACUUUGAACAUGCAACCACUCUCGAGAGAAGAGAACACCAGUUCCAAUAACAGUAGCGAAACUAAAAGCAAGUCCAAAUCUGCGACUCCGGCCAGUCCCGGCCGCUCAGAGAUGAAGCCCCAGUCAACCACCACUUCUCAAGCCCUCACAAAGCCACCGUACUCCUACGUCGCCCUCAUCACCAUGGCCAUCCACAGCAGCCAGUCAAAGCGAGCCACGCUCAGCGAGAUCUACGCAUACAUCACCAAGGAGUUCCCAUACUUCGAGAAGAAUAAGAAAGGCUGGCAGAACUCUAUUCGACACAACUUGAGUCUCAACGAUUGCUUUAUCAAGGUUCCAAGAGAAGGCGGGGGCGAGAGGAAAGGCAACUACUGGACUCUUGAUCCCCACUGCGGUGACAUGUUUGAGAACGGGAACUACCGUCGCCGACGCAGGAUGAAGCGGCCGUCGAGGGCCCCUCCGUACUCCAAGUCGAUAUUCGGAGACGCGUACCAUGUAGCCCAUGUGGCUCAGCACGUGCCUCCCCACAUGCAACCUCUUCAGUUGGGCGGGCGAAACUACUUUGGAGCUACGUCUCCAUAUCCGCCGUCUUACCCGAGAUAUGACACGGCGUGGUUGUCUCCCUCCAGCGCUGGACUGAGCUACGGCGGCGCGUGCGGCGGCGUGGGCCGCAGCCCGCCCGGCUGCUCGCCGCACACUGCACUGCCGCACCAGUCCUCGCCGGUGCCGCUCAACCCGUUCGCAUCGCACCAGCUUCAGGGUCAGAUUCAGAGUCCCCUGCAACCGAUGCAGUCAAUGCCAAUGAACUAUAAUACUAUAGGCGGUGUCACUUCCUUGGACGGAUCUCCAAGUCCCGGACCAGGCUAUGCGCACUCCUCAGGCGGAUUCUCACCGGGCCGACACCAUGACGUUGUCACGUCGUCUGACACCGCCGUCACCAGAUUCCCCUUUUGGACAGAAGGAGGAUCCCCGAGCCCUAACCCAGGCUACGUGCCGUCGAGCAACUACUCGCCCACACGACGACACGAGGCCGUCACGUCUUCCGACGCGGCCUCCCGCUUUUCAUUCUGGCCUGAAGCCAUCGGUGUCAAAGAGGAGGCCUCAACGACUCUCAUUACCAACGCCGCGCCCUACUCCAAAUGUUUCAUGUGAGAUCAGAGCGAAGCGAGAAACUCACAACACUUCUAUCCUGGCCCUUUUAUGUAAUGUAAUCGUUAAUUAGGUACAAUAAUCUGCGACCUGCUUUACGAAAGCUUCAAACUUGUAAAUCAAGCAGAGAACAUUUCUAAAAAAAGAGUUUAUAAGAGACUACCAUCACCUAAUAUUGCAAUCUUUCGAAAUGCGGACCCUGAUGGUUAAUUUACAUAUUUACGAGUAAAUUACUUAUAGUUACCCACAAUCUCGUGUGAGUUUAUAAGUAUAUACUUUUUACACUUUUAUUUUUGGUCUGAAUAGGAAAUUGAGUGUAUUUGACGUCUAAUGCAAAGAAACAAAAACAUAACAUAAGUAUUUCUAUAUUUCGAAGUAACUUUCACACUAUCAAAUCAAUUCGUGGUUCGUUAUCGGGAUUACCCAAACAUUCGAGUUGCAUCGCUUUCCUUAAUGGCGAAGUAAACUAAACCACAUUACGCAAACACAAACCACGAAAUGAAUUGUUCAGUUUAAAGAUGGUAUGAAGUUUACCUAAUUUUUUUAGUGAUAUGAUUUGAUUACUAGCAAAUAACAAAGGGCAUAUAACAGGAUAGAAAAAUCAAAUCUUAUCUGUAAUAUAAUGUGAAGUUAACUGUCAAAACGUUAAGGUAAUAUAAUGUGUAUAUACAAUUCUAACGUUAAACGUGCAUUUAAAUGUGUAAGUAGGGAAAACAGAUUUGGGUUAAUUCUCGACUUUAUUAAAUGUGUUUAAUGUAUUAUUUGUAUGUCGUAAUGUUCGUUGUUUAUUCUUAUAAUAAUUGCAUAUUAUAAUUAAAAAAAAAUUAGAUUGUUAACAUGUGAACCACGCCGUAAACUAACAACUUUUUUACUCUACGGACAUAUUCGUGUAUCCCACCUUUGCAGUAUGUAGAUAUUCGUAUUUGACUGUGAAAAAAUAUUGAUUAUACUUAAUUGAUUCUUUAAGUAGGGAGACAAAAGAUAGGCAGGCUCAACCAGCUACAACUUCAUGGGUCGGACAAAUUUCCAAUAUGUCAAAUUAACAGGAUCCUUGGUUUGUACAUGGGGUUAAAAAACACACCAAGAAAAACAAAAAAUAAACACAUUUUUAGCCAAUAUUCGGCAAAAUGAUAAAAAUAGCCACACGUUGCUAUGCUAGUCCUACUGACUUUGACAUUAAAAAAUAAGAAUUCUGUGUUAUAUAGGAUUAUUAAUCAAAAAUUUGUAUGCUAUUUUCUUAAUAAUUAUUUAGAACUGAUAAAACAUAAUAUUUAUUAUAUCUAAUAUAAAGCUUCCGGUGCGUUACGAACCUAAAAAUAUAUAGAAGAAAAUAUGACGAAGAAUAAUUAUGACCGUGAUUUUAUUAUUGUUUAGAUUCAAAGUGCUAACGAUUCGGAAUUCGAUAAACUCAAAAAUAGUAAGCUCUGAGAUAAAAUUACUAUUGUACACAAAUAUUGGAAUUGGGCUUAAAAUGCACUGCGAUAAAUUUUUUGCGGUUUCAGAACCGCAUAAAGUGACCUACGGCAUGUAGCAUAAGCGCACGCAUUUGCAAGACUGAAACCGCCAGAAAUGAGACUGAAACCACAAACAAUUUAUCGCAGUGCGUUCUAAGCUUUAGAAAAUAUUUUAUACUUAUUUUUAAGGAAACUGAAGGAAUUCUUUGAAUUUUUGCGUAAGAUUUAUUAUACUUCUUUAGACAACCACAUACGCGAGCGGGAGGUACCUAGUUAUUUUUUUUUUAUCAUAUGCAAGGUUUCAACACAACCUAAUUAGACUAAUCUCGUAUCCAGAACUAAUAAACUGACAUUUGCGGGCGCAUCUUUUAUGGCUUCAAUGAAAUUACCAUAUUAUGGUAUAAAUCUUACAUUUUCUCUGAAAGAAAAUUUCUUUAACGCUUUCACUGCCAACGUUUUCGUAGCGCUACACGCGUAGCCGAUUCUAGCGUUUUCCCGCUUUGUAGAGGAAAGCGACUACGAACAGAGCGCCCGCCAAGCGGGUUCCCGGCACUCAAUGUGUUAACUCACUUGACUCCAAUGCUGCUGACUGCCUUCUUACUCAUAUUUUUAUCCUAAUGUACUUUAUUGUAAGCCUAUACGGUGUUCCACUGCUGGGCAAAUGCCUCCCCCCUCGAUUUCCUCUCUUCUCGGUUUUGAGUAAUCUCCGGCCAGUCGUUGCGAUCUGAUAUGCGUCCAGGUCGAUGAAAUCGAGCGAUUUCGUGUUCUCCCGUUAAUAAUAUCUCCACUACUAGGCAUUUAAAUUCCACUAAUAGAAUUGAAAACGAGUGGUAAAUUCCACUGGAUUUCUAUCGCUCCUACUUCAAAAAUAUCAUUUCGCCGUUCCCUACAGAUUUACGAGUGACGAAAUCGAGCGCUCGAAAUUCAAAAAUCGCCCCCCGUCUCUUAACACACUCAUUUCAAAUCCAAAGUCCAUGUAUGUAACUUAAUUCUAGUGAUCAUUUCAUGCUUAGGGGUACAUUGGACAACAUCACCUAGACUGAACUUCAAAAACACCUACCUAUUUUAUUUAAUUAUUUCAUACUGGGUGCUAUUUAUCUGUUUGUGGUUACCAACACUGCCCUUGCCCGUUUUGGAAAUGCUAAUGUCAAAUAAAUCUUAUGGCGUAUUUAUUGUCACUGAACGUUCUUACUCUGAAUGUAAGUGCAUAUAUGUGACUUGUUUUUGAUGUGAUUUCAUGUUAGUAAAUUAAGACUGUACCAUUUGGAAGAAUCUAAGAUGAAUAUUAAAUGUUCUACGAAAUAAAAAAGAAGGAAAAUUGUUAUGUACAUUAGGGUUAUUCAUCUUGUUAUGUGUUUGAGUUUAAUAUGUACUUACGAGUAUAUUAUUAUUUACUGUUACUCACUUACUCAAAUUAAACAUGUUUCUUUGUACAUUGCAACUGCGAGCGGCGAGUUUGUAAUAGAAUUAUUUAAUCCAGUAGUCAUUACCGCAAAUAAAAUUGAUUGACUCUAAACAAAACAAACAAAUCUAAAGCAAUUUCCAAAUUUUUUGUACAAAACACUUUAAUGCAAAUCUGUUUUUUUUAGUUCUGUUCCUCAUAACUUUAACGAUAUAGGCAAUGAGCAUUCAAGAAUAAUUUUAAAAGCGACCGUCACUCACUCCGGAAUGGAUAAUAAUAUGAUCGUUUUUUAGACUUUUUGUGAGCGAUAGUGCUUUGUAAGAGAUACCUACUUAUGAAGUACAAACAAUUUGGAAAUAGCAUCCGUAUCAAUUGGUAAUUUAGUGAAAGUUUGCUCUAACCAUUGAGGUAUAGUACUAGAGUCGCCAUCUCUAACAAAAUGUUUCCGCUCCUCAAUUAAGUGCUGGUAUUUCGGCGAGAUGUAACGCAUGAAACAAAAAUUAAAAAAAGUAAUGAGAAUUUAAAAUACAUUUGUGCGUUAUGAAAAUGUAUUUUCGUAACAUCAAGAAACAUAAUAAAAGCAAAUAAAUAAAAUAGUAAAUUUAUAUUCUGGAUUUCUAAGUAUUUACCUAGUUACUCUUAUUCUAAUUGUAUUGACAAUCCGUAUUGGAACGUUAUUAUCGGACGGACGGUCGGACGGAAUCCGAAUUGUUAUUAUUUUCUUUUUUAUUUCAUUUUGACAAUCAUGAUAUAAAUUCUUAUAUUUUUGACAUCACUGCAAAUUUAUUAUAUGUAUAAUAAAUAACAAUAAACUACGAAAACACUUUUGUUUUAAGCUCAUUUAGUUUAUUUUUAAACAUCACUAAACGUCACCCGCGGUGGUAUUGUAUUGUAGUACGGGCGAUUUUCCGCAACUCGACGACUGGCGCCUAUUUUGCGUGACAUGACACCCACCCGCGGUGGUAUGUCAUUUUCUUUGGAGCAUAGAUUACAUUUCGCAGAUGUAAAACGUAGGUACUAAUAAUUACCUACCUUAUUGUUAGAUCAAAAUUGCUACGAGUACGAGAGUCAAAAAUAAAAAAGUUUUAUGACUAUUUUUAUAAAUUUUAAAGUCGUCAGUGUCACAUAUGUAAAAAAAAUACACUUGUAAGGAAAUGAAUACAUUUAUCUAGAUUUUUUACAGUGGGUAUGUAAUCAGAAAAUAAACACUUUCGCCUCCAGCUACGCUUAUUCUUUAGCUUAGUGACAGACGUCAAACGCCGAAAAUCGCGGACACAAUUUGUUCUUGAUAGCUUGUCUAGUACGUAGUACAUACAAGGUGCCCGUGAGCAUUGCGAGACAUUUUAACUAAGCAUUCCUGGUAAUAUUUAGAGACUAAAAUGUCAUAUAAAGUUUUCUGGAUUAGGCCUAGUUUCAGAGAUAAUUAAAUGUUUUUCGAAAUCAUUCUUUCGCCAUAAGUCGAUACAAAACACAUUUUUGACUGCGGUAUGGCCACUUUGAGGUCUAGUCUGGACAUACCUAUUGAUUGACAUCGAAAAAUUAAAAAAAUGUAUUCGAGAGGCUACCCCCAAAUAAAAUAAAAAACUUUUUUGUUAAUUUUAGGUUAUGUGUUUAUCAAUAAAAAUUACGUUUUAUGUACAGGAGUGUUCAAAACAAGUGUUUGUCGAAUUUCACAAAAAGUCAGAACAUUUUUUGCUUCUGUUGCCAUCAGGAAUGCACCGUUAAAAUCUCUCGCAAUGCUCACGGGCACCUUGUAUAAGUCAGUGGCUCUAACAGUUAAUUAAAUUUUUCUCAAUAACGUAUGUGCUAGCUAAGUUAAAUAAUUAACUAUGUUAAGAAGCUUACAUUUUAUAGAAAGUUUAUUACACUUUGAAGUUCGACUAGUGAAAUUAGUUUGCAACUUUUAGUUAGUUAACAAAUUGUCGUUAAAUGAAUUAUACUCCGAUCUGUUUUCAGUUUGUUUCCAAAUGUUUUAAUUUAGUGGUCGUUUUGUUUCACUGUGGUGGCAUGGCGGGCUAUGUUAUUUUGUUGAUUUACUUUAGUUAAACUGAUGUAUCAAAAUGAUAAAACAGAUGUGUAAAAAUAAAUAAGGGAUAUUAAAAAUCUUCA